AUGGCCUACCCACAGCAGCAACGACAGCACUACGACGAGUACCAACAGCAGCCGCGACAGCAGCAAUACUACAAUCAAGGUGCCCCGCAGCAGGGGAGACAACCCGCGGGCUAUGAUGCCCAAUACGACCAGCAGCACGAUGCCUACGGCUACGACCAAGGGCAAUACGAACAAUGGGAUGAUGGUUACUACAACCACGGCGGGGGCUGGGACCAUGGCCAGCAGCGUGGAUAUGGCCAUGUGGCUCAGCAGCCGUGGCAGCGUGGGCCUUCGCAGGACCAGGGCUACGACCAGCAGUAUCGCCAGCCACCACCGCAACAACGAGCUCCACAAGAACCAAUGGGUCGAGGAGGUGCGGGACCGCUUCCGAAUCAGGGUCAGGGAGGCAUGAGGCCACCCCAAGCUGGUAAGUUGCAGGAAAGUGUCAAGGCAGAGGGGAUGGGACCGCCACCAGGCAGAGGCCGAGGUCCUCCCCCAAUGCAGCAAAGGGGUCCGCCCAUGGGAAGAGGAGGUCAACCGGACAUGCAACGGCACGACUCAGGACACUACGAGGGCUCCGGGCGGGGCCAGCGACUACCGCCAAACCGCAUGCCUCCAAAUCGUGGACCACCUCCCCAACAAGGGUAUGGGCCUGUCCAACGGUCCAUGACCAUGCCUCAGAAUAUGCCUGGGCCCGGAAAUCAGAGACGAUAUGACGAUCCCCAGCAUCAGUGGGCAGAGCCUGGAGCUGCAGCCGGAUAUCACGGGCCGGAUUCGCCCACCUAUAUACCUCCUCGUCCCACGACUGCUGGCGGCACCAAAUCGAACAGCUAUGGACCGCCGCAAGGCUAUGAGCAGAGACCGCCAAUGCCACAACAAGCGCCCCAGCAGCAGCAACAACAGCCACAAUUUCACCCCAACGACCAAUCAAGAUAUUCUCACGAAGCAUCACUCGAUAAUGUGUACGCUGACUACUAUGGAGAGGACCGUCAGAGCAAGGCGUCGAUCGACAUGCCUGACUUUGAUGCGAUCCAACAACCUUCCGGUGGUCAUCGAAGAGGUGAUUCCUUAGAUAAUCAUCUCUCCCCAACAACUGGGUCGUCCGCUGACAGUAUGACCCGAACAGCAGGCCCUGGUUACACGCAGGCGAACAACUUUUAUCAACAAGCUGCAAGGAGUCGAUCGCAGCCAGAUCUGCAUGGCCAGUACAAUGCUCACGAGAUGGCAGGCGACACCCCUCCGAUGCCCGGAAUGCCCUCGGAACAUGCUGCGUACCAGCCUUCUAACGCGGUUUACCGAGUGGACCGCGCGGUCGAGCGACCACCUCCUGGACCACAGCGCGUUUACUCUGACGAGACAACCUAUUCUGAGCCUCCGCCCGACGCUAUGAGGAACGCCUCGCCCAUGGCACCCGUGAGUGCUAUCCAGCGACCCGGAACGGCAGCUCCUGCGCCAGGACGGGUUCCCAGCGAUCCACUGGGCCGCCGACCUGGUACGACUCAGCCAACGAACCCUGAUGCGCUGCCAGCGCACCCAGCUCCUUUUCGUCCUGGCCUGAUGCAACAACAGAUUUCUCAGACACCGUCACCCCAGGCCGCAAAGCCGCCACCCAUGCGACAAUAUAACACCGACCCAACACCAAUGCCAGGUGGUCCUGCCCAGGUGCAACGAAGUGGCUCUGUAAAACACCCUGUAACGCACGAUGAAAUCAACCGCCUAAAGAAUUCUUGGGGUGGCAACGUGCAUGACGCCAAGACUGGACUUCAAUUAGCGAGGAAACUGGUAGAGGCGGCUAGUGUACUCGCAGAUGAAGGUGGAACGGCCGACAACCGUACGCGGAACAAGAAUCGAGAGAAGUUCAUCAACGAGGCUCACAAGACCGUCAAAAAGCUGUGUUCAGCCGGCUCACCAGAUGCCAUGUUCUACCUUGCGGAUAGCUACGGGCAAGGAUUGCUAGGUCUGCAGGUGGAUACCAAGGAGGCGUUCACACUGUACCAGUCCGCUGCAAAGGCCGGUCAUCCAGCUGCGGCGUAUCGAACAGCUGUUUGCUGCGAGAUGGGCCAUGAAGAGGGUGGAGGGACGAAAAAGGACCCUUUGAAGGCCGUGCAAUGGUAUCGCCGAGCCGCUGCCUUAGGUGAUCCGCCUGCUAUGUAUAAGAUGGGCAUGGUCCUGUUGAAGGGCUUGCUCGGUCAGCAAAGACAUCUAGGCGAAGCCGUGAAUAUGCUCAAGCGAGCUGCUGAUCAUGCUGACGCGGAAAAUCCACACGCUUUGCACGAACUGGGAUUGCUCUACGAGGCGCAGACCGGCAACGAGCGGAUCAUGCGCGACGAACCCUACGCAUUCUCGCUUUUCAAGCAAGCUGCUGAGCUUGGAUAUAAAUUCUCGCAGUUCCGACUAGGCCAGGCGUUCGAGUAUGGGCUUUUGGGCUGCCCGGUCGAUCCGCGCUUGAGUAUCGGAUGGUACACGAGAGCAGCAGCGCAGGAAGAGCAUCAGUCUGAACUCGCCUUGUCAGGCUGGUAUUUGACGGGUGUGGAGGGUAUACUAGGACAGAGCGAUACCGAAGCCUACCUCUGGGCACGCAAGGCGGCAUGCGCAGAGCCGCCCCUUCCGAAAGCUUUGUUCGCCAUGGGUUAUUUCACUGAGGUUGGCAUCGGAUGUCCGCGCAGCUUAGACGAAGCGAAGAGGUGGUACGGAAGGGCUGCUGCAUACAAAUUCCCCAAGGCGCAGGAACGCCUCGAAGAGCUCAAGAAGGGCGGUUCGAAGGUCCAGAUGAAGCGCGAGCGGUUGAGCCGCACGAAUCAAAAGCAGCAGGAGGAAAAUUGCACCGUGAUGUGA